GAGCGAGUCAUUCGUCACAGAGCUCUUGUGUUAGACGGGUGAUAGCUAUCGGUGAUUUAUUUUUUGCGCAUUGUGUGCCCUAAUUUCGGACUACGAUCUCUAACGACUGCUUGCAAUACUUACAUUCGGCGUUUUCCCAGUUGAAUUUGAUUUUGUGGAAAAAUGCCUGAAGAUGUAAGCAUGACGGACGCCGGCGAGGUGGAAACCUUCGCCUUCCAGGCCGAGAUCGCUCAGUUGAUGAGCUUGAUCAUCAACACCUUUUACUCGAACAAGGAGAUUUUCAUCCGAGAAUUGAUCUCGAACUCGUCCGAUGCGUUGGACAAAAUUCGAUAUGAAUCUCUCACAGAUCCAUCCAAGCUGGACACUUGCAAGGAAUUGUUUAUUAAGAUUGUACCGAACAAGAACGACCGUACCCUGACGAUCCUUGAUUCUGGUAUUGGCAUGACUAAAGCCGAUCUUGUAAAUAACCUGGGUACCAUUGCCAAAUCCGGUACAAAGGCAUUCAUGGAAGCUCUGCAAGCAGGUGCUGAUAUCUCCAUGAUUGGACAGUUUGGUGUAGGUUUCUAUUCGGCGUAUCUCGUGGCCGACAAAGUCAUCGUGAUCUCCAAACACAAUGACGACGAACAAUAUCUGUGGGAAUCUUCCGCUGGUGGUUCAUUCACGGUUCGUCCCGACAAUGGUGAACCGAUCGGACGGGGCACCAAGAUCAUUCUUCAUAUUAAGGAGGAUCAAACAGAAUAUCUGGAAGAGUCUAAGAUCAAAGAAAUCGUCAAAAAGCAUUCGCAGUUCAUCGGCUAUCCUAUCAAGCUCGUUGUCGAGAAGGAACGUGACAAGGAACUGAGCGAGGACGAGGAGGAAGAGGAAGAGAAAAAGGAAGAAGAAAAGACAGAGGAUGAUAAACCCAAGAUCGAAGAUGUCGGCGAGGAUGAAGAGGAGGAUAAGCCUAAGGAAGAGAAGAAAAAGAAAAAGAAGACCAUCAAGGAAAAGUACACUGAAGAUGAGGAGUUGAACAAGACAAAACCGAUUUGGACGAGAAAUCCGGACGACAUCACGCAAGAAGAGUAUGGCGAAUUCUACAAGAGCUUGACUAACGAUUGGGAAGACCACUUGGCUGUGAAACACUUCUCCGUGGAAGGACAGUUGGAAUUCAGAGCGCUGCUAUUCAUUCCACGUCGUGCGCCCUUCGAUCUGUUUGAGAAUAAGAAGAGAAAGAACAAUAUUAAAUUAUAUGUUCGUCGUGUUUUUAUCAUGGACAACUGCGAAGACCUGAUUCCGGAAUAUCUAAACUUUAUCAAGGGCGUCGUAGACAGCGAGGAUCUGCCUCUUAACAUUUCUCGUGAGAUGCUGCAACAGAAUAAGAUUCUGAAGGUUAUUAGGAAGAAUCUUGUCAAGAAGUGCUUAGAGCUCUUCGAGGAAUUGUCGGAAGACAAGGAAAACUACAAGAAGUGCUACGAGCAAUUCAGCAAGAAUCUGAAAUUAGGUAUUCAUGAGGACAGUCAGAACAGAAAGAAACUCUCAGAGUUGCUCCGCUAUCACACUUCUGCGUCCGGCGAUGAGAUGUGCUCACUUAAAGAUUACGUUGGUAGAAUGAAGGAGAACCAGAAGCACGUCUACUACAUCACUGGCGAGAGCAGGGAACAGGUAGCCAACAGCUCGUUCGUAGAACGCGUGAAGAAGCGUGGCUUCGAGGUCGUGUACAUGACUGAGCCCAUUGACGAGUACGUUGUCCAACAACUGAAAGAAUUCGACGGAAAGCAGCUAGUGUCCGUUACAAAGGAGGGCUUGGAACUUCCGGAAGAUGAGGAUGAGAAGAAGAAGCGUGAGGAAGACAAGGCCAAGUUCGAGAGCCUCUGUAAAGUUAUGAAAGACAUUUUAGAUAAGAAGGUGGAGAAAGUUGUAGUAUCCAAUAGGUUGGUUGACUCUCCUUGCUGUAUCGUCACAUCGCAGUAUGGUUGGACGGCGAACAUGGAGAGAAUCAUGAAGGCGCAAGCACUUCGAGACACAUCCACCAUGGGAUAUAUGGCCGCGAAAAAGCACCUCGAAAUUAAUCCCGAUCAUCCUAUCAUGGAGAACUUGAGACAAAAGGCUGAGGCGGACAAACACGAUAAGUCGGUGAAAGAUCUAGUCAUGCUGCUCUUCGAGACUGCACUCUUGUCAUCCGGUUUUGCCCUCGAAGACCCGCAGGUGCAUGCUUCCAGAAUAUAUAGAAUGAUCAAGCUAGGUCUGGGUUUUGACGACGAGGACACGUCGAACGCAGAGGACGAGAAGAUGGACAUGGAAGUGCCCACGUUGGAGGGUGACUCAGAGGAAGCGUCGAGAAUGGAAGAAGUAGAUUAAACUGCGAAUUAAAUUUUCGAUAAGAUAUAAUAAUUGUUGAGAAAAAAAAACAGAAUUAAAGGAUUUCUGUAAAAUCGAUACAGCGAACACAACACCUAAUUCUGUCGGCACUGAAAUGAGAAAACCUUAUAAGAGCUGCUCGAAUAUUUAAAAAAAAAAAAGAAAAAGAAAAUAGUCUCUCGCUUUUUACGGAUCUAAGAAAGUCUUUGGAUUCGAUAUUAUAUUCACAACAAGUGAAUAUAUUAUUUUACUACGCAUAAUGUUUUUACUUUUAUUCUACAAUUAAUUUAAGGUAUCCAAUGGAAUGAUGUAAGUGAAAAAUGCAAAAUAUAAAAAAAAUGUUAAUACGAGAUGAAUGACAAAGCACGGUACGUAAAAUGUAAAAGAAUGAAUAUUUCGAUGAAAUUAAACGGUUUGUAUGAGACACAACAAGUGAAUAUAAUGUCGAAAUCCAAAUAUCGAAUCCAAAGACUUUCUUAGAUCCAUGAAAACGGAGAUUGUUUUCUUUUUUCUUUUUUUUUUAAUAUUCGUGCAACUUGUAAGGUUUUCUCAUUUCAGUGCUAACAGAAUUAAUGUUGUGUUCACUGUACUGAUCGCUGUAUCGAUUUUACAGAAAUCCUUUAAUUCUAUUUUCUUUUUUUUUUUAAGGUUUUCUCAACAAAUGUUUAAUUUAGCAUACGUAUCUCAUACACAAUUCUAUCGACAAGCUUACCGUUUGAUUUCAUCGAAACGUUCAUUCUUUUACAUUUUAUAUAUCAUGUUUUCAUCUUGCAUUAACAUUUUUUUUAUACUUUGCGUUUUUCACUUACAUCAUUCCAUCGGAUACCUUAAAUUAAUUGUAGAAUAAAGGUAAAAACAUUAUGCGCAGUAAAAUAAAAGAAAUCGCAUUUAA